ACGAACGAAUACCGUGACGCUAAUAAUGUUACAAUAUCACAAUGGCGUCUCGUUUUAGUGGUGUUUUACAGCUGACUGACUUGGACGAUUUUAUUACACCUUCUCAGGAAUGCAUUAAACCCGUGAAGAUUGACAAAGUAGAUAGUAGCACUGGAGCUAAAAUCAAAAUACAAGAUGAUGGGUCCUACAUUCAGAUUCAAGAGGGUGGUGGCAUACAGAAACUUAAAAAAGUGGAGAUUUCUUUGUCAGACUGCUUGGCUUGCAGUGGCUGCAUCACAUCGGCUGAAAGUGUGCUUGUGACACAGCAGAGCCAGGAAGAAAUGAUUCGUGUUUUCGAGAAAAAUAAGCAGCUUCAUGUGGAUGGAAAAUCAGACAUGGCAAAAUUAAUAGUAGUGUCAUUAUCACUACAGCCUAUUCUGUCAUUAGCAGUAAGGUAUAAUCUGUCCCCAGAUGAAACAGCACACAAACUGUCGGGCUAUUUCAGGAUGCUUGGUGCUGACCUGGUGUUAGAUAUGGUGGUUGCUGAUGAUUUUGCACUACUUGAAAAUCAGCGGGAAUUUGUGGAACGAUACAGAGCUGCUGAAGAAGCUGCAAAUAGCUCAGAAUUUUUGCCAAUGUUGGCAUCCUCAUGCCCAGGUUGGGUGUGCUAUGCAGAGAAGACUCAUGGCAGUUUAGUUAUUCCACAUAUAGCCACCACAAAAUCGCCACAGCAGAUAAUGGGAUCUCUCAUUAAGGAUCAUUUGGCACGUGAGCUGGGAAGGACACCUGACUCAAUCUAUCAUGUUACGUUGAUGCCAUGUUAUGACAAGAAGCUAGAGGCUUCCCGUGAAGACUUCACAAACCAGCAGUUACACACACGAGAUGUGGACUGCGUCAUCACAGCAAUUGAACUGGAACAGCUUCUGCAGCGUGACAACCAGAGCCUGGCUUCCAUGGAUUCAGUUCAACUUGACUUUCCCUGGAGCAAGACAUUACCAUCUAAUUCAGCACUAGUGUCACAUCAAGGGUCAGGCUCUGGAGGCUAUGCUGAUCUCAUUUUUCUUCAUGCUGCUAGAGAACUAUUUGGUAACAGUCAUCCAGAUCUUCAGUAUAAAUCACUCAGGAACCCAGACUUUCGUGAGGUAAUUCUGGAACAAGAUGGAAGAAUAUUGCUGCGGUUUGCUAUUGCCAAUGGUUUCCGAAAUAUUCAGAAUUUAGUUCAGAAGAUGAAACGAGGAAAGAGCAGUUACCAUUAUGUUGAGGUCAUGGCUUGCCCAUCAGGCUGCCUGAAUGGAGGUGCUCAAGUUCGGCCACAGGACGGUUCCUCUCCCAGAGAACUGACGAUGCGGCUAGAGGCAGUGUAUGAGUCCUUACAGAAACAAGUACCUGAAGAAAAUCACACAGUCCAGGAGCUCUACAGUACAUGGCUUGAAGGAGCUCACAGUGAUAAAUGUGUAGCCAUGUUGCAUACAAAGUAUCAUUCAGUAGAAAAGAUGACUACUGCACUUAAUAUAAAGUGGUGAAAAAAUAUUGGUUUAAUUCUGUGUGUUGAGUGACAUUAAAGCCCAUGUGAUUCAAAUAAACAGACUCAGUUUUAGACAUUUCAUCAAGAAGUAUUGCUGUGUGGUUCCCUGUGUAUGUGUAGAACACCCUUCAGGCUUUUGCAGUCAACAUGUGGAACUCCCCAAAUGGAAUUUAUUUGCUCGACACUGGUACCAGGGCCAUCCACACAACAAGGAGAGGGUUGAUUACAGUUUUAUAAACAUUUGGAACAUGUAUAUAACAGUUUCUUAUAUCACACUAGUUGUUUGGUCUGGAGACCAUCAUCAAGUGUGUGUAUAUAUAUAAAUAGAUAUGUUAUUGCAGCCUUGUAUGAGUAAAUAGAUCCAGUUUCCAAAUGUCAUAACAUUGUUAAAACUGUAUAAACAUUGAGAAUGGCAAUUGUGUGGAAUGUUAUGUUUGUUUUACAUGGGGAGGAAGGAGGUGGUAUGUGAUUGUAGUUUCAGUUUUUGUAUCAUGCAUGUGUAGUUUUGUAAUGUGAAUGAUGCGGUGUUUAUAUACUGUAGCUUAAUUUUCUUUUAGAUGUUCUUGAAGUAGUGUAUGUUUGAAAGACAUUGUUAGGUGUGAUGGGUGUGUUGUAUUGAAUGAAUGAAAGAUCUUUUAUGUGUUGCUGCAAUGUGAUAUAUAAGUGUGUAGUAAUUGAAGUUUUGGAAGUUUCAGUGAGUGUUUCAUGUUUUGAGAGAUAUAAUGGCACAGAGAUGAAGCCAUGUCAUCAUGGUUUAUUGGACAUCAUAGAAUAUGUUGCUGUAAAUAGCUGCUUUAGUGUGUUUAGGAAUGUGGCUGGUUACAGUAGUGUAGUGUGAUAGUUAUAAUAAACUGAUGAUUAUAUUA